AUGGUGCACGGGCAUGCACACCACAACAUCCACCGCCCGCCCAGGCCCUCGCCGAGCGGGCUCUGGAGGGGGCCCUGGACGGGGCUCUGGAGGAACGGGGAUUCGGCGAUGAUGUGGUCUACGUUUACAAGACCCUGUCCCAGGACUUUGAAGGUGCGGUGGGGGGGUUUCAAGACAAUGAUGGGCGGUGAUAACAAUGACGAUGAUACUGCGACUGCGACUGCGACCAAGAACAAUCAGGGUGUUGGUGCUGCCGUGGCUGGAACUAAGACCACCGACAAUGACCAGCCCACUGCUACGGAGAAGCCAACAGCAAAGGAGACUAAGCAUACCGAAGACAGCACCACCAAGGAAACCGAGAAGGAUACCUCGACCAAGACUACUGCGAAGGAAACUGAAAAGACCAUGGAUACCACAAAGGCAGAGGCAACCAAGACCACCGAGCACAAUUCCGCUACGCAAACCAAUGCUGAGACACAGAAGACGUCCUCCUUCAUCACUUCUGCCAGCACUACCGCCGAUCCUAGCACAGAUAUCAAUGCUUUGGCCGCCACAUCAACUGCAUCGGCUACAGACUCCGCCGCGAGUGCCUCGCCUACUACCAGCGCUGCAUCCGAGGGAAUGUCCUCUGGUGCCAAGGCUGGUGUUGCCAUUGGUGUCAUUCUGGGUGUUGGUGUUUUGGCCGCCUUGAUCUUCUUCUUCAUCCGCAAGAAGAAGCAGAGCAAGGAAGUCGCUGAGCCUAUGGACGAAAAGUCAUUCGGUCUCCCGCCUCCUCCGCCUCCUAUCAAGCCGUCGACUCCUUCGACGCCCCCGGUUCUCAACGUUCGUCCUGUCACUCAAUUCGCCCCGGAUCUGAGCAACGGUGCUUCUUUCAACCCUGCCACUGCUACCGCAGCUGGUGCUGCAGUUGGUGCAGCUGCAGGUGCUGGAGCGGCUACUUCGCGUAACCUUACUGGCAACUCGCCUCCUCUCACUCCGCCCAAGUCUGCUAGUAGUAGCCAGAACCCGUUCAAUGACCCCGUCAAUCCUUUCAGUCCCGUUGAUCAGACCCCUACUGCUAGUCCCACGGCUGCUGUUGGUGCUGGUGCUGGUGCCGCGGCUGUCGGUGCCGUUGGCGCUGCAGCCAUUGCUUCUCAAGGAUCAUCUAAUGAACAAUCUCAUCGCCCCCUUUCGUUUGAGUCUGACGCCCAUUCGGUUCCUGCAAUUGGCGCUGCAGGAGCUGCCGGUGCUGCUGGUGCCGGUCCUGGUGCUGAUAAUGUUCACCGAGUUCAAAUGGACUUCAAUCCCUCAGCGGAGGAUGAGAUCGGUCUCCGCAUCGGUACGCUGGUGCGAAUGCUUCAUGAAUACGACGAUGGAUGGGCUCUUUGUGUUCGCCUCGACCGUUCUCAGCAAGGAGUGGCGCCACGAUCAUGCCUUUCUGCCCGCCCUGUGAAGCCCCGCCCACGUCCACCCCCUGGUGCAGGCCCUGGCCCUGGCCCUCGCGGCCCGCCGAUGGGUCCUAACGGUCGCAUGCCUCCUGGUCGAUUCUACCCCGGAGAUGCACGCCCUCGAUCCCCUGGUGGUCCUGGAUACGCUGGUCCACCACCCCAGCAGCGCCCUUACCCCGGAGGACCACCCGCGGGAUUCCCGGUUCCUCGUUCAAUGUCUCCUGGUCCUCGUUCAAUGUCCCCUGGUCCACGAGCCAUGUCUCCCGGUCCACGAUCAAUGUCUCCCGGUCCACGAUCAAUGUCUCCAGCUCCAGGACGCCCUGGUCCACGUUCCAUGUCGCCAGGUCCUUCGGCCAUGCCAGUACCUCGAUCCAUGAGCCCUGGUCCCUACGGUCACCCUGGCAUGCAGCGUCCCGCCAUGCCUGCUACCCAGCGCCAGCGCAGCAACAGUGCUGGUAAUAUUUCUCCACCCAACGUUGGCGCUGCUUUCCCUCCCAAGCCGAGUCCUUUAGCUGCAGCGCCUCCUGCCCCGGCGCCUACCAGUCAGCUCCCUGCCAUUCCAGCCUCCGCGCCUCCCGCGAGCUCCUCCCCUCCUAUUUCCCCUCAGGGAUCCAUCAACCGGAAGCCUGUCGGUAGCCAGGAGGCCUAG